AUGAAGGAGAGGAACCUCACGCUGGACAAACUCAGAGACACGGGCAAUGAUGAGAUGGGUCGGUCACAUGCUACAUCACGUGAACAUCGGACUGAAGGUGAAGCAUGGUGUUCAGCAGAUACCACCAUCCUGGAGUCCAGCAUUCAGCCAAUCACACGCACUGUCCUGCAUGUACGCCUCAGCAUCACCCCGGGCUUCAGGAGGAAUGACCGGGUUGUGAGUGGAGAGCCCCAGCAGGUGGUCUUCACUAUACCCAUCUUUGAGCCCAUGCUUUCUCAGAAUUACAUCCGAGCCGUGUCUGACCGCUGGCUGGGCUCUGAAGCUGUGUGUAUGUUCAGCUUCCAGCAUCUCAUCCUGCAUGAAAGAUGCCCUACACACACAGAGCUCUUGGAUCUUCAGCUGCUGCCUGUGACUGCAUCAGGAAACCGGGAGUAUGAGAGUCUAUACAAGUUCACACACUUUAAUCCCAUUCAAACACAGAUCUUCCAUAUACUCUACCAUACAGAAACCAACCUCCUGCUGGGGGGCCCCACCGGCUCCAGCAAAACCAUCGCUGCAGAAAUGGCCAUCUUCAGGGUCUUCAACAAGUACCCCACCUCCAAGGUGGUCUGCAUUGCUUCUCUCAAAGCUCUGGUCCGAGAAAGGAUUGAGGACUGGAAGAUCAGAAUAGAAGAGAAACUUGGGAGGAAGGUGGUUGAGUUAACUGGUGACGUUACUCCAGACAUGCGGGCCAUCGCGCAGGCUGACAUGAUCGUCACCACUCCAGAGAAAUGGGAUAGAGUUAGCCACAGCUGGCAGAACCACAGCUAUGUGCAGAAAGUGGCUCUUUUUUUUUUGUCUUUACUAAAAAGAAGUUCAAAAUACCUGAGCACCAGCAUACUGUCAGUGAACAUCUAAGUGGUGCUUAGAUUAAAUAUAUUCCGCCCGUUUUCCACCAAGUAACAAAACAAACACCAAUAGAAUAGCAGCAGUGAGAAAACAGCAGUUAAGAAAGCAUUUAUUCAUAGUGAUGCACCAGCCUUGUAAUUCAGCACUCCAGUCACGUUAUGUUUAUUUAUUCAUCACUUUAUACGAUAGAUCCUUUAAAGCAAGCAUCUUGUAAAGUGUGGUCUCUCAAAAUUUUGUGGGCAAAAAUGGUCUAUGAAUGAAGCUUUGCACACACAGAAGCCACUUUAAAACUAAGCAGCUUUUUGUUGCUCAGCGUUGGGAAUUCAAGUGACCAAAUUGAUCAUCAGAGAAAUUUAAAUGGGGAACUUUUUACA